GCCACAUCCGGCGGCUGACUCGUUGUGUAUAAAACCGAGGCCGCAGUAGUCGGCUUCCAGCAGCAGCCCUGGGCUCUUUUCGGCUAGGGGAGCAGCUGCUCCAAUGCCCCACAGCGGCCAUGAGCAUCCCGCACUGGUGGGACCAGCUGCGGGCCGGCAGCUCGGAGGUGGAUUGGUGCGAGGACAACUACACCAUCGUGCCUGCCAUCGCCGAGUUCUACAACACGAUCAGCAACGUCUUAUUUUUCGUUUUACCGCCCAUCUGCAUGUGCUUAUUUCGCCAGUACGCAACAUGCUUCAACAGUGGCAUCUACCUAAUAUGGACGCUCUUAGUUGUAGUGGGAAUUGGAUCCGUCUACUUCCACGCAACCCUAAGUUUCUUGGGCCAGAUGCUCGAUGAACUUGCAAUCCUUUGGGUUCUGAUGUGUGCUCUGGCCAUGUGGUUCCCCAGAAGGUAUCUACCAAAGGUCUUUCGGAACGACAGGGGUAGGUUCAAGGCAGUGGUCUGCGUCCUUUCUGCGGUGACGACAUGCCUGGCGUUCGUCAAACCGGCCAUCAACAACAUCUCUCUGAUGACCCUCGGGGUUCCUUGUACCGUGCUGCUCAUUGCCGAGCUGAGGAGGUGUGACAACGUGCGUGUCUUUAAGCUGGGCCUCUUCUCGGGCCUCUGGUGGACCCUGGCGCUCUUCUGCUGGAUCAGUGACCGAGCCUUCUGUGAGCUGCUGUCGUCCUUCCACUUUCCCUACCUGCACUGCGUGUGGCACAUCCUCAUCUGCCUUGCCGCCUACCUGGGCUGUGUCUGCUUUGCCUACUUUGACGCUGCUUCUGAGAUUCCCGAGCAGGGCCCUGUCAUCAAGUUCUGGCCCAGCGAGAAAUGGGCCUUCAUCGGUGUCCCCUAUGUGUCUCUCCUGUGUGCCAGCAAGAAAUCACCGGUCAAGAUCACGUGAUGGCAAGGCAGUGGCUGGCUUCUCUGCCUAUUUUUCCUCAUGCAAUGGGCUUCACUUGCCAGCAAAGACAGCUGGUGGUUUGUAGAGUUAGGGGUUGGGGUCUGUCUUUUUAGUAUUUUGUUCCCUUGGGCUCUAACCAGCGAGUCUGUGGCUCACCAGGACUCCACUGUGCAUGGGGGAAGAAGGUCUUUCCCUUUCCCAAGACGGAAAGUGAACUGAGGGGCAUCAGGUAGAUCUUCUCAGCGUCCCUUCCAGAUGCAGUGACUGGUUGGGCUGUAUCCUUUGUGAUGGCAAGGUAGUCCCUUGUGGGAGCCUCAAUUCCCAGAAGGAGUUUGCUCCAGACCCCACUGGUCCCAUGUGCUCUCAGAGUGGACCCUCCUGCUGACAGACUCUGUGACAGGCAAGACCAUCUGACUGAUGGAAGAUGCCAGGGAUUUUCAUCUGGGGAAAUGGUCCUAAAAUAAAACCAAGCCAAUGAAACCCACGCAGGGCUUGUGGCUGAGGAGGCUACUGGUCUACUUGGAGACUCUCGGUAACCAGAUUUUACUUGUGCUUGUGAAUCCUUUCUCUACUACCUCUGCUGAGAGCCAGGGACUUCAGAUGAGAGUGGAGUGGACAGAAAAACCCUCUGUGCCAAAAGCUACACUCCACUUUAAGCCAUUCUUGAAGAUGAGCACAAUUUCAAAGUGUUGACAUUGUUGCCCACCCUGCCCCCCAGCCCAGGGGCCUCCAACACUUGGAGAAGAGUAGGUAUGGCUAAGCCAUCUGCACACAGAGCCCCACUCCUUGCUGCUGAACUCUGUAAAGUCAAGGCCUUGGGAUGGUCACAGUGGGGAUCCUGGUUUAACAUCUGGAGCAAACACAAAGUUCUGGAAACUUCUGCUAAUGGGAAACCUUCGAUUCUGGAAGUUAUCCUCGAAAACCUCGCCUCUUCUUUGUCCAGUGUUUCCUGUGGGAAUCGUACUCAGUGCACUCUGAGUACAAGGUGCUUCCUGUGGUUUUUCUGAGCAUCUGAUGGCUGCUUCUCUCGACUACUGAGGGGACCCCAGGCUGGCUUUUCGGGUCACUUAUGCAGCGGGCAAGUCUGUUGCCUUCUGAGUUUUUCCUCAGCUCAGAUGACACUGGCUACCACUAACCUCUUCAUGGAUGAGUCUUCUGAAUGAAGACUCCAGAAAUGGUCAUCGAGGUGUGAGGGGGGGAGUACAUGACCUCAGGGAUACUCACUGUCCCUCUGACACCUCCUGCCUUGCAGCAUUCCGCUGUGAAAGAGGGCAGGACGGAGGUGUCCUUGUGAGGACAGGAGUCAUAUCACCAAGGAUUGAAGAGUUGGGCAGUACCAGUCUGUGGCGUGUCUAGGAACUCUUGCUUUACUGAGAAUUUUGUACAGGAUCCAAGGUGAAAAGUCCAAUAAGGAACAAUGAACUGAGAGUUUAAAAAUGAGUGACUUUGUUCUCCUUCUGUGGUUUUCAAGUAAUUUUUUUUUAGCACAACCCUAUUUACAGUAAGAGAUCCUGAUGGAACCCAAAUGUGAGAAAUGUGUUGUAUUCUAUUAAGUUUAUUUGCAGGUAGAACUUACAUAUUUCCCUAAUAUCAUGCAGUGAAAAUGCAAGUUAAAUUGUGGUUUCCAUGGUGAAAAAUUUGGUGUUGAAGGAGUGUUCCUGUGUGUUAUGGUUUAAAAAUAUACUUUGAAAAAAGGUAUUUAUGUAU